GAUUUUAAUCCUAACUCAUUAGGGAACCAAGAGCAAGUGCCUGAGCAAGCCCUCUGGGGAAACAGAGAAAGUGACAAGAGAAGCAAGGACUUCCAUCAAGGGAGAUAAGUGGAGCUACUUCACAGCUUGAGAGACAGAAGAGGAGAGAAAUCAAGUAUUUUACUUGUUACUGCUCAGUCUCAUGCCUGAGUUUCUUCAUUCCCCAUUACUCUGUCUGUCCUAACCUUCUCUACACGCAAUCUGUAACGUGCGUCCUGUCCAAGCAUGUCUACAAACGGAAUUAACAAAGCUUUGAAGCUGCAGUUUGGCCUCAUCAACUAUGAGAACCGCUACCUGACGGCUGAGGCUUUUGGAUUCAAGGUAAACGCCUCGGCUACUAGCAUGAAGAAGAAACAGAUCUGGACCUUAGAGCAGGAUGAGCAAGAUGGGCAAGUAGUCUUCCUCCGCAGCCACCUGGGACGCUAUCUGGCCUCUGAUAAAGAUGGUAAGAUCAUAUGUGGGGCAGAGAAGCGUGAUCCUGAAUGCCGUUUUCUUAUCGUGCCCCAAGCUGACGGACGCUGGGCUCUGCAAUCAGAACCUUUUCAACGUUACUUUGGAGGCUCGGCAGACUAUUUGUCCUGCUUUGCCCAAAUCAUUGGGGAACAAGAGCUGUGGGCCGUCCAUUUGGCUUUACAUCCACAGGCCAGCCUUCUCAGUGUGGCACGUAAGCGCUAUGCUCAUCUCUCUGCUUCAGAUGGAGAGAUAUCUGUGGACAGCAACAUUCCCUGGGGAGUGGACUCCCUCGUCACCUUGGUAUACCUCGAUGGCAAGUACAGCCUGAAGACCUGUGACAGCCGUUUCCUCAGCAACGAUGGCAAACUUGUGAAGGAGAAUACCAAUGCCACUAGCUUCACUCUGGAGCUAAAAUCUGGCAAGCUGGCCUUUAAGGACUGUGACGGGAAAUACCUGGCCCCGGUGGGACCCACAGGAACGUUGCGGUCAGGCCGAUGCUCUAAGCCUGGAAAAGACGAGCUGUUCGAUCUGGAAGAGAGUCAUCCACAAGUAGUUUUUCAAGCUGCAAAUAAAAGAUUUGUUUCAGUCAAGCAAGGAGUGAGUAUUUCAGCCAAUCAGGACGUGGAGACAGACAUGGAGACCUUUCAGAUGGAGAUAGAUAAGGAAAGCAAAAAGUCUAUGUUCAGAACCAAUGGCGGAUCCUACUGGACAUUAGUGACUCAUGGAGAAAUCCAAUCCACUGCCACAGAGGUUGAGGUCAACACAAUGUUUGAUAUUGAAUGGAGGGGACAAAGGGUAGCGCUCAAAGCAAGCAAUGGAAAGUACGUGUGUACAAAGAAGAAUGGGCAGCUCUCCGCAGUCAGCGAUACAGUGGCUGAUGAUGAGUUGUUCCUGAUGAAACUCAUCAACCGCCCUAUGCUGAUCCUUCGUGGAGAAAAUGGCUUUGUGUGUCACCACAAGAACUCCAACACUCUAGAUGCGAAUCGAUCCGUCUAUGACAUCUUCACACUGAUUUUCAACGACGGCGCCUACAAUAUAAAAAGUGUGAAUGGAAAGUUCUGGUAUGUCUCUAGCAGUGGCCUGGUGUGCUCAGAUGGAGAAAAGUCAGAGAACUUUUUCCUUGAGUUCCUGGAACAUGGACGUGUCGCCAUCAAGGGCUCCAAUGACAAGUACCUUCGUGGAGACCAGGGAGGCACACUUAUGUGUGAUGGCAAAUCUGUCGAUGCAUCUUCUCUCUGGGAGUACUGAUUCCCUUCAAUGUGGGUCUUCAGUGAUGGCCUGUAAUGCAAGGGCAGGAUCUGCUUUUACCAGGUCAUAUGAAGCAGACUGACUGGAAAAUAUUUUCCUGCCUUUUUUGUUUUGUUUUGUUUUCCUUUCUUUGGCUUGAUUUCUCUCUUUUGAAAUUGGGAAGAAGUGAACACUUUAGAAAGAUGUUUCUUUGAUGUUUUGUCUUUCAAAAAUGCCAACAUCAAACGACACAUACUGUGUGAAAAAUGUGUCAUUUUUUGUAAUUUCACAAAUGGGGAGACAAGAGAUGCUGUCACGGUUCUUUCAGUCAGGCUUUGUUCAAUAUGCAACCAUAUAUCUUUGAGGGCAGCCAUACCAACCGGUCAUAACACAGGGUGUUACUGCCAAGAAUGUAAGCACCUCUCACUGUUUGCUGUUACUUCGACAAAUUUUCUGCUUAACCUACCCAGAGAGUUUGUUAAUAGAUAGCAACAAAAUCAUCUUCUGUUGAAGCUAAAGUUCAAUAGGUUACAUCUCCAAAAGUAAAAAAAAAACCACUUUGGUGAUCAAACUAUAGGCAGAUCUGUCCAGAAUAAAGAACGAAAUUAACAAGAGUUUUAAAAAAAAAACACAGAUAAUGACAAGUCAGUGUCAUUAUCCCUGGAUCCUUAGGCUUAAUUAAAAAACAUUUACCUAUGUAUAGAAACACAUUUGGUUUGGUUUAUGUACAGUGCUAUACAGCUAGCAUUGUCCAUGUUUAUGAAAGUCUGAUGUGUAAAACCUCUCAGCAUUUGCAUAGAGCUUUUAAAUGAUUUCGAGUUAGGCUUUGACUUUAACACAUUCAACAAGAAUAGUUCAUUGGUUGAAUCAUUCUAAGGAAAGGUGAUGCACCACUGACUUUAAAGACAGCACAUAGUUGGUACCAGUAUCGUUUUCAUUUGUCUUAAUGAAACAUUUAUUGAUUUUAUUUUUAAAAAAAUGAUAUACCUUAAAAUAAGUGGACUGGCUGAAAAUGGAAAUGCAUAGAACACCAAAACCAGGCUCACUGCAAACAUUGAGACAUAUACAAUAUGUGCUACACAAAGAAGAAGUUCAGACAUCUUUAGGAAUAAAGAAUGUCGGCAGAAAAAUGAUUUAUUCACAGCAUGGAAUAGUAAGAAACCUAAGUCGGGGGAGAUUUAAAGUAUCGGAUGGAUCUUUCUAAUGUAUCUGAUGUAAACUCAGAAGUGCUUCUCUGGUGAUCUGCCUAGGGGCCUUAAUCUACACUGCACUCUAUAUCCAGUUAUGUCCUGUUUUCAUGUUGAGAGGCGGGUAGCCACAUAAGAAAAUAUAAUGGAUUUUGACAACAGACUUUUUUGAAAAACACUGCAAAGAUUGAUUUCCAGGAUGCUUGUUUUCCAACCGUUUGCUCAAACGUAGAAGAGAAUAUUUAAUCAUCUAGAGUAAAGGUGCAUGCACUUUGCUUGCCUAGUGGUCGCUGGUUAGACCCAGCUCCUGCAAACUCCUUCAGAAAUCUUUAUAGUUGUUGGAAAACAUGUUGUUCCACCUUUGCUUCCAGUCGUUGUGUAUACAAAGGCCAGCAACAUCCCACUGAAACCGACUGAUCUUCUUAAUUAACUUUGGAUACAACAGCAAGUCAGUAAGUUUAAUAAAUCAGUAGAAUCUUCCUAAAACCUACCUACCCGGUGCUGCUUAUGAAGCACUAAUAAUUGGCUUGAAGUUGACCCUUAUCUGCAAAAUGCUUUUCUUUUUUUGGGAAACUCUUCAUAUUAUGACUAAAAUCUCUCACAGGACUCACUAAAAUGAUUACAACAAAUCGCUAAGGGUACAAGCUGCCCAGAGUUAAUUAGAACAGAUGUUGUUGUGCACUAAAGAGGACAACCAAAAAAUGUAAACAAUUAAUUCUGUAGAUUUUUGUUGGAUAUUUCCCAGAAGGUAAUAAAAUCUACCAUAGUUUCAGCAGAAUGUCUAAACCAGUGGUUUUGUGUUGUGUUGAAAUCUGGAUUAGUUUUAGUUAUAAAAAGUUUGGUUACCUAUACAUCCUGUAACAGCUCUAUAGAGAACCUCUGGCCAUAUUUUAGAAUGUAUCUAAUAUAUGUAUAUAUAGACAUCAUUUUACAAUCUUUGCUUCAUGAUGAUGAUUUUUGACAAAUGUUGACAAUAAAAACUUAACAAUA